GAGGAGCGAGGCUCGGCCGCCUGCAAGCCGCUCGCUUGGGAGUGGUGCGGAUCUCGCCAGUGCCUCUCUGGGUUUUCUCUGCAAAUCCCCCGCAGGCAGAGUUUGCUCAACUAGUUGAACUGGCUCUUUCUCUCUUGUUUUUUUGGCAAACCAAGGAUUUCCUUCCUGAUAAAAACAGCCGGCCGGCGCCCCGAUUGGGUGCAGGGUUGCGGAGGAUAUGACAUCAGGCACAUCUCUCACUUCAUGCGGUGUGGUCUGUCCGAUUGCUGGCUGCCUACCAGUGGAGUCGGGGAGAUGUUUCCCUAAACCCCAUCCCAGGUACUCGAGUUUCUGCACAAAGUGGUGCUGCACCUAGUCCCAGCCCGCUGCGAGGUUUGUUGGAGUGGUGCACAGGCAGUCUGCUCAACAGAUCACUCACGAGUGCAGGGGCUCACCGAGGACGAUGGAAUUUGAACCCUCAAGAGCAACCCUGAAGUGAGAAAACAGAAACCGGGCAGACAAGGCUGAGAUGGAUGAUGAGAGAACGAGUCAAAACACCAGUAAAUCACAAGGAACUGGGGGCCAGGCGUCUGCAACAUCUCCAUCAUUGCUGCUGAUGAGGGACUUUGUUUCAGACUGGUCUCCUUUACAUGAUGCCUCUAUCCAUGGGCGCCUGCUUACUCUAAAGAAACUCAUCAGCCAGGGGAGUGAUGUUAAUCUUGUUACAACAGACCAGGUGUCUCCCCUCCAUGAAGCCUGCCUAGGUGGUCAUGCUGCUUGUGCCAGUGUCCUAUUAAAACAUGGUGCUAAGGUGAAUGGAGUGACUGUUGACUGGCACACUCCUUUGUUCAGUGCCUGUGUCAGUGGCAGUGUGGCUUGCUUGAAUUUACUGCUGCAACACGGAGCCAGCCUGCACCCACCCUGUGACUUAGCAUCCCCCAUACACGAAGCCGCUAAGAGAGGUCAUGUGCAAUGUGUCGAGAUCCUCGCAUCCCAUGGGGUGAACAUAGAUCAUAACAUCAAGCACCUGGGUACUCCGCUUUAUGUAGCUUGUGAGAACCAGCAAGUCAACUGUGCCAGGAAGCUGCUUGAGUCAGGAGCAAAUGUGAACAGCGGCAAGGGCCUCGAGUCCCCGCUGCAUGCGGCUGCCAGGAGUUGCAGUGCAGAGUUGGUGACGCUGCUGAUUGACUUUGGAGCAGACAUUUGGGCAAAGAAUGCCAAAAGCAAGAGGCCGAUGGAGCUGGUUCCACCUGGAAGCCCCUUGGGUCGACUGUUCCUGCAGAAAGAAGGGCCACUGUCCUUGAUGCAUUUGUGCCGCCUGUCCAUCAGGAGGUGCUUUGGACACAAGCAGCACCAGAAAAUAACUGGUCUUCUCCUCCCAGAUGAGCUGAAGCGUUUUCUUCUCCAUGUUUAAGCCUUUCAAGUUCAACAUGGUGCCUUAAUAACACAGCAAGGAAGCUGUCCUGCUGCCACAAACCAAAGUGCAGUUACAAUCACUCUGUGCUCUCCUGGAUGCUCCCCUGGGAAUACUGGCUACCCAACAGAUACGAGACUGAGGAUGGUGAAGGUCUAGUUCUUACACCAUCAACCUCAUCCUACCUCCAUAUCUGGACCACUGUGCAUCUGCGGGGUUAGUGCCAUGUUGCUCGUGUGCCAGAGAGGCAGACCAAGCACUUGAGUGAUUUUGGAGAUCCUUUUCUUCUUCACUUAGCUAUGAAGACUCCUGCAAGAAUGAGCUUGGUGUGCAAAAACUGCAGUGAAGUCAUCAAUAUCAGCAAUGAGAUACAGAUGGUCCUCAUCUCGUGUUAGUGGAGAGAGCAGUGGUCUUCAAAUACACACACAGUUCUGGUGUUUGCUGGUGUGUGUGUGAUUGCAGAGUCAGCCUUCCUUUUGCUUAUGAGAAAUACGAGAGGAGCAACCAAAGGCUACACCUGGGUACUUGUAUUUGAUGUAUGGAACAGUUCAGAUAUGCAGCUGGAGAACACAACUACUGGCUGCUGGUGUCCAGUAUGAGUUUAAUUGUUGUGCUGACCAAACACAACAGGAGCAGUUUCUUUGGUUUGUGGGACACUAAAUUGUACCCUAAUGGGACAAAAUCAGAAGUACAGUCAGGUCAUCAGGAUUCCUUUUUAUGGGAUAUGGACAUCUAGACAUCUUCAGUGAUCUGACCCAAUUCAUCACAUGUUAUCUGAGCCAUAUAAAAAAUUGCUGGCUGGUUUAAGAUGGCCACCUAUACUCUUUCUUUCCUGCUGGGGGGAAAAAAUAGACAUUUGUCUUCAUAUGAUUGAAAGGUAUCUUUUAUGGGUAGAUCCUUUUAAAAUCACUAUCUUGCAUAAGCUGAAUCAUGCUUAACUUUUUAAGAUGAAAGUUAAGUGUGAAGAAUUCCUGUUUUGGUGACACAUCUGAAAGUUGAAAAUCCAGCUUAUUUUAUUUUAGAUGAAAAAUUUCUUUUUUUACCUGCUAUUUUCAUUAUUUACCUUUAAGCAUCUUAUUUUGUAGCAUCACUCAAUGGGUUUACCAGAGUAAUACAAAGAGAAUAUUGUUCAGAGGAUGUGGUAAGAGCAUUGUUUCAAGAUUGCUUUUCAUUUGGAAAUUUCAUGCCUUGACUCUGCUUACUUGAAUCCCUCAGAUCAUGUAAAAUUAGGAUGAAUUCUCUAUGCUUCAUUUGUAUCAUCUCAAUAUAUUUGCUUAUUUAUUUUAAUAAAAAUUGUGAUCAACACUGGUAAAGUAUAUCUUUAUGCAUCAACACAUGUCCGUUUAUAAACUGCAAAAGUUGUACAAGAUGCAAAUGAAAUAAGCUAAAUAUAGGUGAGAUUUAGACAUUUUUCUGUAUUUGAAACCAAAUGUAAUUGCAGGAUUUGAAAGAUUGUUAUGAAUAUAUUUUAUCAGAUUCUUUGCUGUUAUUUUGCUGGCAGUGUAGUGGCUACCAAUGCACAAUUGUAUAGGAUAUUAGCUCAAAAAUAAAUGAUUUAUAAUCUGUUUCCCUCUUCA